UUUUCGACAGCUAACUGAAAAUUCGAUCACCGGCAUUUGUGGCAGUGUACGGCGGGCUAUCAAAGUGGAAAGUAAAAUUUUGCAAGGUACUGAAACUCAGUACCAAAUUAAAUAGUGAAAAAGUAUUGUGAAUAUCUUCAGUUACGAACUGUUGGCAAGUAAUUGAUAAAAUUUAUUAUUUAUCGUGUCUUUCGGGCCACGAGAGUUGACUUGAAUUUGAAGUAAAAAUUCGUGCAAAAAAUUUAUUAAUUACAUCGCUUACUUUUGACGCAGCCAUUAACGUCGUAUUGUGAAAAGUUGUUUGCCGCUUCAACCUUGACUACUGCCAGCUCAGCCGCUAAAAAGCAAAGAAAAAAUCAAAUACAAAAAUCAGUCAGCUGUUAAGUUGCCUGUAAAUUCUGAAAUAAUAUUUGUAGUAGUGAAAACUAAAAGCAAUGGAGCCAGUCAUAAAUAAAGCUUUUGUAGAUGCUGGACAGAAACCUGGUGUGGAGAUUUGGAGAAUUGAGAAUUUUGAACCUGUCGCUUAUCCCAAUGUUUACUAUGGAAAAUUUUACGAAGGAGACUCGUAUAUUAUUUUAAAGACUACCGAAGAUCCAAAGAGCCAAAAACUUUCGUGGGACAUUCACUUUUGGUUAGGUGCUGAAACAACCACUGACGAAGCUGGUGCUGCGGCCAUUUACACCGUUCAACUGGACGACCAAUUGGAAGGUGUACCAGUGCAACAUCGCGAAGUUCAAGAUCAUGAAUCACAAUUGUUUCUUAGCUACUUUAAAAAUGGUGUACGUUACGAGAAGGGUGGUGUGGCUACUGGUUUCGAGCAUGUUGAUGUGAAUGCUGUUGGCGAAAAGCGUCUCUUCCAGGUGAAGGGCAAACGCAAUGUGCGGGUGCGACAAGUGGUUUUGUCUAUAACGUCGAUGAAUCGUGGCGAUUGUUUCAUUUUGGAUGCGGGCGAAGAGAUACUCGUAUAUGUGGGUGAGAAUGCAAAACGUUUGGAGCGACUAAAGGCUAUUUACGCUGCAAAUGAAAUACGUGAUCAGGACCAUCAUGGACGUGCGAAAGUGAACAUUAUUGAUACCUUCUCAUCGGAUGUGGCAAAAGAGCACUUUUUCUCUACGCUCGGCUCAGGUUCAGCUGAUGAAGUGCCAGAUGAAACCGCUGACGAGGAGGAUGGAGCUUUCGAGGCGGCCGAUAUCCAAGCAGUUACACUUUAUAAAGUGUCUGACGCUAGUGGUUCUUUGGAAAUUGACAAGAUAUCUGAAAAGCCUCUUCGCCAGGAGAUGCUCAAUACAGAUGAUAGCUUCAUUCUCGACACUGGUUCGGGUAUUUAUGUUUGGGUUGGGCGCGGUUCCACACAAAGAGAAAGGACCAGCGCUAUGGUAUUUGCUGAUAAUUUUUUAGAGACCAAAUCAUAUCCGAAAUGGACACAAGUGCAUCGAGUUGUUGAAGAUGGCGAACCAACUCCCUUUAAACAAUACUUCACCACCUGGCAAGAUCAGGGUAUAUAUCAUAAGCAUUUGGUGCGCACUGCUUUGGGUUACAGCACCGAUGACUCUGAUUACGAAGAACCUGAUGAUAUCGAUUCGGUUAUGCAGAAUCUGAAGAAGAGCGGUGGACGGGCCAUUGCUUUCAUGCCUGACAAUGGCGAAUAUGAUAUCGAGCAUAUUAUAAAAUUUAGCUCGGAAUCCGAUGAUGAUGUGGUGCGCACUAUUGUAGAGUUCGAAGGUACCACACCUUUAAUCGGGCAGUAUGCCUACAUCAUCACAUACAGGUACAAUGCUAAGAGUGGCGAGUCUGGCAAACUCAUCUACGUUUGGGAGGGCGCAAAGGCUAGUGAGGCGGUGAAGGAGCGUUCCUUCAAUGAUGGUUUGGCUAUGGCACAGGAGGAGAAUGCCAUAUUGGUGCGUACAGGACAAAGCCAUGAACCACGUCAUUUAUUAAAGAUUUUCAAGGGUAAACUGAUUACACCAUUUACCGAAGAACCAAAAAGUGCACAACUCUUUCGCGUACGUGGCACCGAUGCUAGUGAUGUGCACGCAAGUGAGGUCGAAUGUGGUUCUUCGUCUUUAAAUUCAGGUGAUGUAUUUGCACUGGUCACGCUCGACCACAAGGUAUACAUUUGGAUUGGAAAGGGUGCCUCUGAUUUUGAAAAAACAUCUGCCAAUGAACGUUUUACGCACUACUGGCCUCAUGGAAAGGUGGUGAUUAUAGAGGAAGGCUCUGAACCGUCUGAAUUCUGGGAAGAGUUGCAUGGCUAUGAUCGCGAUGCGAGCAAUUUAGGAGCGCCAUUGCUUGAGCCACGUCUUUUCCAUUGCCAAUUGGUUGCCUGGCGCACCAAGGUGGAAGAGGUCCGUGAUUUUCAGCAGUCGGAUCUCGAUGUGGAUGAUGUAAUGCUGCUGGAUGCCGGUGAUGAAAUUUAUUUAUGGGUAGGAUCAGGAGCCUCUGUGGAAGAAAAUGCUAAAAUCUUGCAAAUGGUUAAGAAAUAUAUCAAACAAGAACCUACCGAUCGUACAGUUGAUACUGUGAGCGUAAUUCGGAUCACCCAAGGCAACGAGCCGCGUGUCUUUACUCGCAUGUUCCCCACAUGGGACAAAGAUUACUGGAAGACAGUAGUUUCAUAUGAUGAAGUCAAGGAGCAGGUGAAAAAGAACAACGCAAGACUUUAAGCGGCCAAUUCGGCAUACCACGGAAGCCUCUAUGGAGGGAAUUCGCGCAAAACGGAAACGACAAGCGUCAUAAGCCGGAAGCGUUUGAUUUACUUUAUAUGGAAAGAAAUAAAAAAAUUAUUUAUUUUGAAAAAAAAAGUAGUUUUAAAAUUAAGGAAACAUGUAUCUUCUGCUUGCAUUUCUAUUCUACUAUGUA